AUGGAACGUGCCAUGGGUGACCUGCUUUUGCGUGAAUGUCUUGUUUUUGUUGAUGAAAUUUUGGUCUUUUCUGAAACUUUUGAGGAGCAUAUUGUUAGGCUUGAAAAUGUUUUUCAACGUUUAUCUUCUCAUGGUCUUAAACUUAAAGGCUCUAAGUGUGAAUUUUUCAAAACGUCCGUUUCUUAUCUAGGGCAUGUUAUCUCUGAGAAUGGUAUUUCUACUGAUCCCGAGAAAACUUCUGCUAUUUCUUCUUGGCCAGUGCCUAAGAACAUUGCUGAAUUAAGGACAUUUCUUGGAACUGCAGGUUUUUACAGGAGAUUUAUUAAGGAUUAUUCCAAGUUGGCCAAAACCCUUAAUGACUUACUUGAGGGUCAUGGUAAUUCUCCCAAAUCUAAGUCCAAGCGUUCUAGAAAGACUGCUACAUGGGUAUGGGGUGAUGCCCAGCAAUCUUCUUUUGAUAUUCUUAAGGAAAAACUUACUUCUCCUCCUGUUCUUGCUUUUGCUGACUUCAGUAAACCCUUUAAAGUCCAUAUCGACUCGAGUGGGUCUGGAUUAGGGGCCGUGUUACUUCAAGAGCAGGAUGGCAAACAGAAUCAAGAUUGUGAUGGGCUAUCUCGCCGACCACAACUUUUCAGCGAUGCUGUCAAGGCAGUGUGCUUUGCUGCUUCUGUCUCUCUUUCUUCUGCUGAAUGUUGCUCAGGAGAUGAGGUCCCUCAUAUGGCCAAUGAGGAAUCUUUACCUUCUGAAGCUGCAGUCAGACCAGUGGAUUGGGCGGUUGCAAAAGUUGCAGAAUUGGUUCCAAUCAAGACUUCAAGACCCAUGCAACUUGUGUGUAUGGAUUUCUUGAAGCUGGAGAAGUCCAAAGGAGGGUAUGAGGACGUCUUGGUCAUUACCGACCAUUUUACCAGAUAUGCCAAGGCUAUUCCUUGCCGUAAUCAAAAGGCGACUACUACUGCUCGUGCCUUAUAUGAACAUUUUAUUGUCCACUAUUCUUUUCCAGAGCAGCUGCAUUCUGACCAGGGGCGGAAUUUUGGAAGUCGAGUCAUCAAGGAACUUUGCAAAAUUGCAAAUGUUCGAAAGACAAGAACCACUCCUUUCCACCCUAUGGGGAAUCCAUCAGCUGAACGAUUUAAUCGGACCCUUCUCAGAAUGUUAGGUACUCUGGCAGAAGAUCAUAAAUUUAAGUGGGCAGAUUUUGUUCCUUCUCUUGUUCAGGCUUAUAACGCCACCAAGAACUCUUCUACAGGUGUUUCUCCUCACUUUCUUAUGUUUGGAUGGCAUCCCCGUCUUUCUGUUGAUGCAUAUCUUGGUACUUUUCCUUCUAACUCUGAAAAUCUUUCUCCUACUACUUAUGUUUCUCGUUUGAAGGAACGCCUUCAAUAUGCUUAUCGGUUAGCUGGUGAUGUCGCCAAGAAGCGGGCUGAUCAAAACAAGAAGCAAUAUGACCGUAGAGUUCGCGAGAACAAAUUGGGUUGUAGGCGAUAUUGUUUUGGUCCGAAAAGUCAAUCUUCAAGGGCGACAGAAGCUGGCAGAUAA